AGUUUUGGAUUGUCAUUCUCACUCGCUUUGGACAAGGAUAGAACCUGAAUCAGCCAACCAUCAAGAUUGGCUAGCAAGCAUCGCAUAUUAUUAAAAAAUUUGGUUUCAUCAAGUUUUUUCUUUACCAGUAGAUACAGCAUUAGUAGCCUUUCUGUACCCAAUCUUGAAGAGCACAUCAAUUGUACGAAAAAUAACUGCGUUAAAAGUAAGUUAUGAGUGGACCGAUAUUUGGCAGCAGCAAUGCACUCGGAGGCAGUUCCGGUGGGAAUCGUCACCUGGUGGAGUUUCGCGCCGGACGGAUGAAUCUUGUUAACAAGAUGGUUCAUCCCGAUAACCGGAAAGGUUUAGUUUACGUGUAUCAAGCUGACGAUGGACUAAUUCAUUUUUGCUGGAAGGAUCGUACUACAGGAAACGUCGAAGACGAUUUGAUUGUUUUUCCUGACGAUUGCGAGUUUAAGAAAAUUGAAAAUGUUAAAAACGGUCGCGUAUUUUUGCUGAAAUUCAAAAGUUCCAGUCGCCGAUUGUUCUUCUGGAUGCAAGAACCGAAAACGGACAAGGAUGAUGAAUGGUGCCGCAGAAUCAAUGAGGUCAUCAAUAAUCCACCAUCGUCAAACAGCUUAAGCGGUGGUUCCGGACGAGGUGGCAGCGGAAGCGAUAAUGGCGAUUUGCAGUACAUCAUGCAGAACAUGUCCCAGCAGCAGCUGAUGCAAUUGUUUGGUGGUGUUGGUCAGAUGGGAGGUCUGAGCAGCCUUUUAGGCUCCAUGAGUCGUUCAUCGUCUGGAAAUUCGAGUAGCCGCACUAGCGCGACAACACCCUCUAGUCGUAGUGCUUUAACAUCGGGUAAUACUGGCAGCGGAACAGUAACUACACCGACCGCGACUUCAAAUUCACCUUCUACACCACGUGCACCUCGAAAGAACGCUUCCGAUUCUAACAAAACCACGGCUGGAGGUACAGCAACGGCAACCCCCCUGACAGGUAGUAAUACAAACGAUGGAUCCGGUGAAGGUAGCAAUGCAACCCCUGGUGGAAACCGAGUUCGUUUGGCCGAUCUCCAAAACUACUUAGCGGGAAUUAGUCCAGCUGGAGCUAAUGAUGGACAGCGACGUAACGUGGAUCUCGCUUCAGCGGUAAAUUCAGAAUCACUUUCGUCCGUUAUUGCAGUUCCGGAGCAGGUGGAAGCUUUGGUAGAGCAUUUGCCUCAUAUUGAAGGAGAUGAAAACAAAAAACAACAGCUUAAGGAAACCUUGUCAUCACCUCAGUUUCAGCAAGCCCUAUCAAUGUUUUCCAAUGCACUGCAAUCUGGUCAACUUGGACCAGUAGUUUCGCACUUUCAACUAAAUGCAGAAGCAGUUGCUGCCGCGAACAGUGGUGACUUGGAACAAUUUGUUAAAGCACUGGAAGCUGCCCACAACCAAGGUGAGGCAGACAAAACAAAAUCAACCGCAACCACCGCAGGGAAAACCGACACCAAGGAAGAAAACGGCACAACGGCGGCCAAAGCAGAUAAAAAAGAUGAUGAUGCUUUGGACUAAAAUUUUUUUGUGCUCACGAACUUGAAAUUAAAUUUUCAUUGAUUUACUGUUGCUUUAAAAUUUAGAAGCUGUGUUGGGAAAUGAUAGAAAGUAUGAAAUUCUAGACGGCAAAAAGAAGAAAUCAAAGGGGGUGCCAAUACAAACUAACCUACGAUGCGAAUGCAAGGAAUGUUUCUGUCUUCAAUUAUCUACCUUAAUACCUAUUGCUAUGGUUCGCAGAAGUUUUUAAAUUAUUGCAUUAUAUUUUCAAACAAUCCUAACGAGAAGCGAGAAAAAAAUUAAAAAAAAGGUUCAAUCCGACACAUCGACCUAAAAUUGGCACAUGAAAGUAAACGCUUCUCGUAUAACCGGCAACACUUUGCUGCAUAAACCAAUUAUAAUGUAGAGAAAUCAUAGGAUUAUGAAAAAUAAAUGAUUCAGUAAUCACAA